AAUGAAUUGACGUCACAUGAAUGUUAUGGUAAGUUUAUGGAACCGUUUGGAAACUAGAUGACGUUACACUGACAUUGUUGACCAUCCAUCACAAGUUGAUAAUCGUCUUGCCAGCCGCCUUCAGAAGAACAUUUCUGUCCUGCUAGGAGAGAAGGUCGUUGUAAACACCUCGGCAUGUACAACCUGACAUCCAAUAACAUACCCAACUGGUUGAUCAUCGGUUCGACAGUUUUCGUCGCCAUCAUCUGUGUAGCAAAUCUGAUGGUCAUUCUGGCGUUCAUCAUCCAGCACACCAUUCGAAAGCCGCAGCACUAUUUCCUUGCAUCCCUGGCGGUUUCCGAUUUCAUGGUAGGACUGAUAUCGAUGCCCUUUUUCCUGCAGUUCAUAUAUCUGGACCGCUGGGUUCUGGGACGUUGGGUCUGUCAAGCGUGGCUGAUACUGGACUUCACAGCGUGCAUGGCGUCAAAGAUGGGCGUGUUCCUGAUAACGACGGACAGGUUCCUGUUGUUCACGUUUCCCUGGACAUACACGGACUAUCAGACAAAGAGAAACGUUAGUAUCGUGAUCGCCAUCGUCUGGACAUUUGCCAUAGUAAUAUUCACCACGGCCAUAGCAGGGUGGCACGGUCUUGUUGAUGACGGGAAGAUGCACGAAGAGGGAUCCUGUCACGUCCUGUUCAUGGAGGACAGAGUGUUUACGCUCAUGUGGGCGGUCGGUUACUACUGGAUACCCUUGGUGUACAUGUGCGUCCUGUACAGACGGAUCUACAUCACUGCUCUGUUCAUGCACAGGUCGUCGGGUUCCAGAAACACGAUGUGGCACUCGAGCAAUCAGAUGGGCACUUCACAGAAUGAGGGAACCAGCUGCGAACACACGCUCACGCAUAAACUCCAGCUGCCGAAGAAUAACAGCUUUAAGUCUAGGACACAAAAGGUCACGUUUUCAGGUUCCGACAAGAACGAUAACUUGAAAACCGACCUCAGCGGUCAAGGUCUGUGUGCAGGCAGCACAAAAGAUUCCUGCUUGGUUUCUGACACCGCGGUCAAAGAUGUUGACAACACUGGAAUUGUGAAUAAAUUGACAAAUUUGGAAAUUAAUUCUGAAAGUACCUUAUGCAAGGAUGAAAACAAAAGCGAGAAUCGGUCUUCGAUGGCAAAGAAACCAGCCUUCUUCCUACCACUAACAGAUACAAACGGGAAAGUGACAAAAGCUUACGACGAUUUUGUUACGAAUGAAAAGUCAAAACCAGCUCCUGAGGAAUCAGUAAUGAAUGGGAAAGUGACCGGCAAAAAAAUGAUAAAUUGGAAAGCAGCAAUAACUCACGAAAACGUAAUUACGAAUGGGAAAGCAACAAAAACAACAAAAAGACUUGUUACAAAUGAAACAUCAAAACCAGCUCCAGAAGAAUCUAUGAAUGGGAACGCAAUACAAGAUCCUGAUAAAGCAGUUACAAUUGGAAAAGCAGCAUUAACUCAUAAAAAAGAAACGGUUACGAAUGGUUUGGCAACAAAACCUCUUCAAGAACUUGUUACGAACGAAAAUUCAAAACCAGCCCAUGACGAAGCUAACAAAACUGACGUUACGGCGCCGUCAGUUGUCGGGGAUGUGACUACACUCAAGGAUCAGUGUGCUUGUGGAGCAGACGACGACGGGUUAGAGGGUACCAGUCGGUCUCCUGUGAACUAUGCAGACGUCAAAAUUAACGCAAAAAAAGUGUGUAAGUUCGAGUCGAUGAGGUGGAUCAUCGAUUGGAAUCACGAACAGAAGCAGAUCUACAAAAACCAUGUGCGCAGAUCGCUGAAGGCGAUAACGCUGAUUCUCGGUGCGUUCCUCAUCAGUUGGACGCCGUACAACGUCGUGGUGUUCACGAGAACGGUGGGGUGGUACGAGAACGUGAACACGACCUUCUACACCGUCACCUACUGGCUCUGUUACCUCAACAGCGCCGUCAACCCCUUGUGCUAUGCGCUGGCCAAUCCCGAGUUCAGACGGACGUUUAUCAGAAUAUUCAAACUGGACUGGCAUAUCGCAUGACGUGUGCUUGUGUAAUUGGAGAACGUGACCACCAACGAUCCACCGUUUGAGAGUCAAGCGAUUUAGUAACUCGAGUGUGGAGCGUGAUAGAGAUUUCGCCUGAGGUGCGAGGGGUACUAUGUACGAAAUAUGGACUCGGGUGGUUUCCUUUCACCCAGUGUCUCACAACCUGUACCUCAAAGGCGGUGGUAUACACUGUACUGCCCAUAUGAAAAGUGCAUAUAACAAUAUGCAUUGCUGCUCCACAGGAGUUUCCUGUAUGUUGGAAGCAGGAUAUCUCUCUCUCUCUCUCUCUCUCUCUCUCUCUCUCUCUCUCAGCCUCUCUCUCUCUCUCUCUCUCUCUCUCUCUGCCCCUCUCUCUGUGCGUCUC